UACACGCGCUUCCAAAUAUAGGAGUCCCACUUCUCUUUAUGGGGCGGAGCUUUAGUACACGAGCAGUCCGUUGCCUUCCGCGCAGCAAUGGAUCGCGUGGAAUCUGAACUUUGCGGUUUUCACCUUUUUAGACCAGCGUCAAACAAAGUUGGAUUCUUGUCUCGUGUCUUUGACAAAGUUCCGCUCGGGCGCUUCGCCGUUUUCUCCGUCCUGCUGUUCCUUCGUGUCACGUCUUGUUCAGGAACAAACCUGCAGGACGCCCCACAGAAGAUCCAAGCCUUCGUGGGUGAAACGGUGGUUCUGCCCUGCAACAUCUCUGUCUCAGGUGAACUGCCAACGGUGGAAUGGUCAAAGGAAGGUUUAAACGUAGCGUUCCUCUACCGGGACGGUUGUGAGGACUUUGACAUGAAGAAUGAAGCUUUCCGAUACAGGACGAACCUCAUCAUGAAUGAACUGAAAGAUGGGAACAUCUCACUGAUGAUUUCUGAUGUUCAGCUGACGGAUGCUGGUAAAUACCAGUGUGUGAUUGUCAAGGGGAGAAAAGGUCGGAACGUCAAAACGCUGGAGCUUGUUGUGGGUGCCUUUUCUGAGCCAAAGCUCUCAGUCGUCACAGGUGCAGACGGUGCACAGACUCUGGAAUGUGAGACGAGCUGCUUGUUCCCGGAGCCUGAAGUUACAUUUGUAGACGACCAGGGAAACAUCAUCAGUGGUGAAAACCCAAAGAGAGAUCAAGAGCCCAGAGGAUGCUUCACCGUCACAAAGAGAGCGACUGUGCCCACUGGCUCCAACAGGGUCACGUGCAGAGUUCACGAGCCUCAGAUGAACAAGACCAGAGUCUCAGAGAUUCACUACAUACGAGGGGACUGUGUUUACUCCAGCAUUAUAUCAUUCAUCGUUGCUCUUCUGUUGGUCAUAUCAGUGUGUGCAUGUGUCUUUAUAGGCAAAAAAUAUGAAACAUGCAGGUGGACAUCCAAACCAAGCCUUCUAACCUUAGAUGAGGUUGUCCACCAGGGAAACCAGGCUGUAAAUGACCCUGCUGGGCUUCAGACACAAGUCCAGGAGCUGCAGAACCAACUCAUUGAGAAAGAGGAGACAAUUCGCCGACUGACAGCACAAGUGGAUGAACUCGGAUCUAGACGCAGUCCUGUCCUGCAGCAGGAUCAGCCUACGAUCAGCGCUGGUCCCUCCACAUCCUCUCCAAACAUGUCAAAGCCUGCUAGCCUCCCCCUGGACCAGCGCCCUCAGGUCAGCAGUGCAGAGCCACCAGCCUCAGCCCACAGCAAGCACUCAGCACAAGAAGCCAGAGCAAGGAAAGACUCAAAAGCUGGGGUCCUGAGGCAAAAGACACCAGUGGAGCCUCGGGUCAAAUCAAGCAGCCACAGCAAAAGCUCCCCUGCUCCUUUGAUGUAUGAUAGAAUCGAUGAAUCUGCUUCAUCUUCAUCCUCCUCUUCAGAUAACAAGGUUCAUCGUACAAGAAGCCAGUCUCUACCUCCUAAAACUGCAGUCAGGUCCUCACACAGACAAAUCUUCUCAGCUCCACCAUCAUUCAUGUCUCAUAACCGCUUCUGUGUUUUGGAAAAUUUAAGUGAGGAGUCAGAGAAGCUGCUUCCACAUGAUGAGAAAAGAUAACAGAAAGAGAACAGAUAUCUGGAAACCUGGACCCGAGAUGUGGAUGACCCACUCUCAUAUAUACGUAUAUCUAUAUAUGUAAAUGUAUGUCUAUGUAUAUACCACGGUCAGGGCGAAAAUCCCGUAUGGGCCCUUAGGCAAGGUCCUCAAUGUGCCUGGUGUUACUACCAGUUCCUGUGUUGGCACUGCUCAUGUAUUGAUCCAUGUGCCUGCUCAUCUUAGCUGCUGGGAGUCCUGACAGAAGCUUCCAUGUUGUGCAGAUGCUGCUUAUUGGGCGGUACUUGGAUGGGACUGCUCCCUUCUUGGAGUCCUUCAGGUCUUCUGGUAACCAUUCAGGGUGGUUUCCAUCCUCCAGUAGCUUGCACCUCAUGGAGUGAGAUCAGCUUCUUCAACCAGUAGACAUGGAUCAUGUCAGGACCUGGUGCCGUCCAGUUCUUCAUACCUGAGACCCUCUUUUAUCCUCUAUUAUGGAAUAAUAGAAAUGGAUAUUAGCUUAGUGUAUAUUUUAGCCUUUCACUUCUUACAUCUGAGGUGUCUUUUAACAGCAGCUUCUGUUAAAUGACUCCUACACCUCAGAACACACAGCUGCACUGUUUGGUGGCUGAGGUUUGCUGUCACCCAGUUUACUGAUGUCUGUUUGAAUGAUAUGAUGCAACGCACUUUCAGUCACAAGGAGAAAACAAUGGCCCCAAACAGAAACACAAAUGUUCAGAGGACCUGUCAUAAAAUGGCGGAGACCUCAGAUAAUUACCACACCCCCUGCGUGCGAACGCCUCCACCUCUGGUGACUCAUCAUGAGAUCUGUGAAAGUGGCCGGGUCUCCACUCAAAACCAGAAUGAGGUCCAAUGAAGUCAAGUGAUUCAACAGCUCACUAGUUCAUUCAUGCAGUGUUUAUUCUAACAGGUGUAAUGUGUUGUGACCACUGAAAAGAGCCACAUGAGACUGUAGCUUACAGUGGAAAUGGUGUUAGAGCUAAUGCUACUUUUACUAAGGAAAUGUGAACCACCUUGAAGCCUCCUUCAUUUCUAGUGUUCCCUCCAUUUUGAACUUAUUAUCAACAUAUUGACCUCAGUCACAAACUUCCUCCCUGAGUUAUGUCUAUUGCAGCAGCAACAGGAAAUGUGUAGGACACAUUAAUGUUGUCUAGAGUAGAUGAGUCUCGCUUCUGUAUUUUUAUAAUUAUCUUGCAUUGAUUUGACACAUAUCAUGUGAGCACCUGCUUUUACCACGACAGGCCCAAGUGAAGUUUACAGUGAUUUAUGAUGUUAGAGUGAAAAUGUGUGAAGUGUAAUUUUCCUUUAAUGUUAAGGCCAACCUAGUUAAGCCGUUCAAACAGCUCCUGAGCUAAACACAGUUAAAAGACGUAUGAGAAUGUCAGCAACAACAUUCCCAAAGAAAGCAGCCAUUUUCUCCAAACACAGAAUGAUGGUGGACAGUCAUGUGGGGGUCAUUUUUAGGUGCAUUCGUCUGUGGAAGCUAAAUGAUUAAAUGACAGUAGGAAGCUAAGAGCUGUGCUAAUGUCAUGUCUCAGGCUCAUAACUACUCACAACAUUCAUUCAGUUUCUAUUGGUUUCAGAUAAUAAACAAAUUAACGUACAAAUACCUUCAAAUGUGAUGUUGAACAACCUGUAAUUAUGGGUUGAACUCUUCAUAUCAGGACGCGUUAUCCAGAGCCCAUGGGGCUGAUGUCUCCAUUGGCAGGGACAGCUGUGUAACAUCUGUAGUGUCACACAUUAUUGUUAGUAUUCUUCACCCUUCUCUCAAACCGCUUGUCUUCUCUGUCCAGAAUGUGACCUUUGUUCAUACUGUACCUGGUAGAAUCAGUAUGAUUUUCACAGGCUGUCGUAUUCAUUAGGAGAAACGAUGAGUCGUUGUUUUUGCUGCAGUCUCUGAUCUCUUGCUUCUGUACAGUUCAGGCUGAUGGAUUCAGUCUUUUUCCUUCUUUAAGACCAUAACAUUUUACUUACAUGUAGUCCAGCCACCUGAUUAGGGUGGAUUUAUUAAUAUGAUGAAGACCUUGUCAGAAACAUCUCUAUGACUUUGCAUUGAGGGGCGAAAUCAAAGACAGGGCACAUUAUGAAAAAAGACAGCUGACAUUUUUUUUAAUAAAAAAGUACCAAUUUAUUUUAAAGAA